CAUCUUUGUUCAAUUCUACAGUCACACUGUGUUUUCUCUCUCCAAAAAACACCCAAAUUCCAGCACUCUUCAUCCAGAGGCAGUUACAAGCUACGCCAACCAAUGAAUUGUAUUCCUCAUUUCAAUACUUAGGGCUCGGGAACUGACUUCCAUUUUUUCUUCAAUUUUUGCGUGGGAAAUUGAAAAAUGCUGGAAGCUGCAGCAGUGGUGAGCAAUGUCGGAUUCUCAUCCCAUCUCCACAGCUGCGGCGACAGCUCCGAGGAGGAGCUAUCUGUUUUGCCCCGCCACACCAAGGUUGUUGUCACCGGAAACAACCGCACAAAGUCGGUGCUGGUGGGGCUUCAGGGCGUCGUCAAGAAAGCUGUUGGCCUCGGUGGAUGGCAUUGGCUGGUUCUCACUAAUGGAAUUGAGGUGAAGCUGCAAAGAAAUGCUUUAAGUGUUCUUGAACCUCCUACUGGGAACGAAGAAGACGACUACCCUGAAAGUGAACACGAGCAUUGGAAUAGCUCGGAUAUUGCAUUCGACGAUGCUCAUAAGUCCCAUAGGUCGAGGCAUCGCAUUCACCGUUCAUCUAGCAAGACUCUCCGUCGCUCUCUCUCCUCUGAAUCACAGCUGAAGGAUUCUGCUUCUACAGCAAAAGGGUCCUCGGUCGACCUAAGCAAACUUGAGAUGGCCGCGCUCUGGAGAUAUGCGCUGCAUUUUAACCUUGUGGAUACAAAUCCUAACCCUUCCAAGGAUCAACUAAUUGAUGUUGUCCAGAGGCAUUUUGUUUCACAGCAACUGGAUGAGCUUCAAGUGAUUGCAGGAUUCGUGCAGGCGGCAAAGAGACUUAAGAAAGUUUGCAAGUGAUCAUGUUUCGGAGAGCUGACCACAACCCUAACAAAGUUGCGAUUUGUUGGAAUGUACAUGUGUUAGUAAUGGUUUCUAGUAGUGUAAGUGUAGAUAAAGCUCUAUGUAGAUAUGACUGACUGAGAGAAGGCCAUAUCCCGAACAUUUGUGCUAACCUGCAGCAAGCAAGCAAAAAACUGGGGACUUUUUCUUCAAAUUGUAUAGCCCCCUCCCUUCAUAAUCAAAUUACCUUAACCCUUUUCAUGGA